AUGGUGAGGAAACUGAAGCACCAUGAGCAGAAACUGCUCAAGAAGGUCGACUUCUUGGACUGGAAACAGGACCAGGGCCACAGAGAUACACAGGUUAUGCGCACGUACCACAUCCAGAACCGCGAGGAUUACCACAAAUACAACAAGAUCUGCGGAAAUAUCAGAAAGAUUGCAAGAAAAUUGGCACUUUUGCAGCCCAACGACCCGUUCCGCAUCAAACACGAACAACUGUUACUGGACAAACUGUACGGGAUGGGUGUUCUGGCCACAAAGAGCAAAAUCUCGGACUUGGAAAAUAAAGUGACAGUUAGUGCGCUAUGUAGAAGAAGGAUCGGCGUGGUGAUGUGCCGGUUCAAGAUGGCAGAAACCAUUUCGGAUGCGGUGAAAUUUGUCGAGCAGGGUCAUGUGCGCGUUGGACCCGAUGUCAUCACCGAUCCUGCGUUCUUGGUGACCAGAAACAUGGAAGAUUACUUGCAGUGGACCGACGGAUCGAAGAUCAAGCACAACUUGCUGAAUGCGGAGGAGAUCCUUUUCAGUUUCGACUCUUAUGAAGACGACAACAUCAACGUUUUUCUCAACACAUACACCCUGCGCGACGGAUACUACCACGGGCCAGGGUCGGAGGAUUCCGAUACCCUGAGCCGGCUGGAGAUCAUGGUGAAAAAAUACGACUCGAAUCGGAUCCUAAGCAAUAUUUUGUACCAGGAGCUAAUUUUCAAUUUGAGCUCUGUUGAUAGACCUCCAAAGAGCGAGUGUGGAUGGUUUGGCUGUGGUAGUAACAAGGUGGAGUAUGUCGAUAUUGAGCCGAUCAAGAUCAGCAACAAGGUUUACGACUACAAAGAUCACCAGCUGGUGAAUGUGCGAAUAUUAUACUACCAAUUGGUGCAUUUUGGAAUUCAGGUUGGUUUUUACGGCUCCAAGUUUGUGGUGGUGGUGAACCACAUGGAGGACGAGAUCUUCUUGGCCAACGAGAUGAGUUCCGAGUCGGAGGAACAUCCGGGCUGGUCCCGGGUGAUCGAAGACCACGAGUCGUGGAUCAUCACCAUCUUAUCGAUGGUUUUUCUAGCCAUGGCAGCAGGAACGAUGUACGUUUUGGUUUUAUUCAAUAACCUGCUCACCAACAGGGCCUCGCGCCAUAAAGGCAGAAACUGGACAGACGACGAAAAACAAAGACUUAUCCGCGAAUUUUUCAAGCGGUGA